CUUAUCGUGGUCUGACUGUUUAAGUUUUUUUCGAUAAAAGGUUGACUUUUCGCGUCACUAUUAUCAUAAAUAACAUGCCACCAAUGUUUUUUUUGCCAGACCUCCGUUCUAAACCUAUGCUCAAAACGCAACUUUUUAGCCUGACGUUUUAAAAUUGAGUCUACAACAUGAAGACAACGCUACAAAUCUUAUGUCAAAUCUGAUAUUUGUUGCACCUGCACCUGGAGCGUCGGUUUUCAACGCAACUCAGGUUAUUGAAGGAAGAAUGCUGAAAUUUCUCUGAAAAUCUCUGAAUUAAAUUCAAUGUCAAUAAUGGAUUUGUGUAGUUUGUAGUGUAGUACGUAAUGUACUGUAGUGAAAAUUGGCAAGUUUGGGAACUUUGAUUAUUUUACUGUUGGCUGGAUUAUUCCAGAGAAGUGAAAUUUUAACUUGCAAAAUAAAACUUGUGGUAUAAUUAUGGAUGUGGUUUUUAUGAAACAUGUGCAACCACACGUUUUUAAAGCUAUUAAAGAUGUAGAUGUUGAUACUCUGAUGAAAUGUUCUUCAGACGAAAUAAGACCCAUUAUACCUUGCCUUGUACGAAUGGCCCUUAUAUCUCCUUUAGAUAUAACCCGAUAUUGUGCCGAAGCUAAAAAGGACAUCCUCACUUUGCUAUCGGGAAUAGAUUUGGUCAAUUUUAUUGUAUCCUUAUUAUCUAUAGAAUUCCAUGCAUUAGAAGUAGACCUAAAGAAAGAACAACAAAUGAGACAGAAAAAUGGUUCUCAAUGCACGGAGUCAUUUUUGGUUCCAAGUAUUGUAAAUGGAAUUGCCAGUGAUUUUGAGCAAUCAGACUCAGCUCGUAGAGUAAGACUUGUAUUAUCAGAAAUACUUCAAAUGCAAGCUCAACUUACUGAAUAUAAUCAAAAUAAGACCUCUAAUUUAGAGACAUCAGUUAAACCAUCAGAACUAUUUGAUAAUGAUGUGUAUUUGGAAGAAAUCACUGAUGUCAUUUGUAUUAGUCUUGCAGAACUACCAAACCUAUUAAAUAUUUGUGAUGUUGUAGAAGUUCUUCUUCAUGUCAACAAAGGUCCUAUUAUAAUAUCAUGGGUAGUUGCUAACAUGCCUGAUACCUUACAGGAAGGAUUCAGCACAAAGCACGGACUACCCAAGCCUGGCUUAAAACCACCUUUCCUGAAGCUGAAGACUGGUCGUCAUCUAGCCCUUUAGACUUCAAAUUAUGAUCAGUUUAAGAGGACAUGGCCUGCUCUAAAAGACACGGUGACAAAGGCCAAACAGAUUAAUUGCCUGUUUAAAAGCCAAAGGUGGCCAUUUCGAAUAGAAUAUUUUUUUAUUUUUUGCUGUGACUUUAAUAAAUAUGUAGGCAUAAAUUUUAAUAAUAUUACAUAAAAAAAUGCAUUUUCAUUUGUAACAGAACUUAUGGCUGGACUAGGUACAGUUACAUAAAUGACUAUUGUAUGAACUAUAAUGGUCACCAAUACUCUUUUAAUAUUUCAUUAUGUUUUAGUGGCAGAAUCAUUAGUAAUGAAUGCAGAAAGAGGAGAAGAGGGGGGUGUGCGUACCAAAGCCCUCGCAACUCUGUGUGAUGCUUGUCCUUACAUAGCUGCAUCUGUUAGAUCGAAGGCAGCAUUUGCAUCACGCUUGCCUUCCCUAAUCAUUAAUCUCACUCUUACUCAUCAUCAGGAUGAUUUGGUAUCUUUUAUGUCUGGAUUAUUGUUGGGUUCUGACCAAACAACUAGAGCAUGGUUUGCAACAUUUUUACGAAAUUCACACAAAAGAGGUAAAGGUGAUGGUCAUGUAGCAGUCACAAAAUUGAGACAAGAGCUAUUAAACAGACUGAAGAAUGCCAUUGCUGGUGUAGAAGCCUCUGCACUAUUGCGUCUGUACUGUGCUCUCAGAGGCAUUGCUGGAAUUAAGUUUCAAGAUGAUGAAGUAGCUGGACUUCUGAGACUAGUCACUCAAAAACCUCCACCCACACCAGCAGGUGUAAGAUUUGUGUCUCUGAGUCUCUGCAUGCUUCUCGCAUGUCCAUCUUUAAUGGCUGCACCAGAACAUGAAAAAAAAGCAAUAGAAUGGGUGCAAUGGCUAGUUAAAGAAGAAGCAUAUUUUGAAAGCAAUUCUGAAGCGACAGCAUCCUUUGGCGAGAUGUUGCUUUUAAUAGCAAUACAUUUUCACUCUGGUCAACUUGCAGCUGUAGGAGAACUAGUAUGUGCAACAUUGGGAAUGCGUGUACCUGUGCGACCUAAUGGUCUUACUCGUAUUAAACAGGCUUUCACGCAAGAGAUUUUUACAGAACAGGUUGUAACCGCGCAUGCAGUAAAAGUACCUGUUACAGCAAAUCUUAACAGCAACAUUCCUGGUUACUUGCCCGUGCAUUGCAUUCAUCAGUUGUUGAAAUCGAGAGCCUUUUCUAAACACAAAGUACCAAUAAAAAAUUGGAUUUAUCGGCAAAUCUGCAACUGUGUUGCACCGUUACACCCUGUCAUGCCAGCUCUCGUCGAAGUUUACGUAAAUUCAAUUUUAGUCAUUAACAACAAAGGAACAAACGAAUAUGUCAAUAAACCUAUCACAGAGGAAGAGAUAAGAAAAGUCUUUAGAAAUUCUAUAUUUGGUGCCAAUUUUGAUGUGCAAAAUAAGCCAUUCUCACCAAUGGAAAUAGACAAUGGUGAAGCAUCGAUUGAUAUCGAUAUUGAAAAACCGACUUUAGCUUCACAACUACUGCUUAUUUAUUAUUUGUUGUUGUACGAAGAUGUAAGGCUCGCUAAUGCAGCGACUCUUAUAGCUAAUGGGAGGAAAGUCAAAAGUUACUCUGCUGCUUUUUUGUCUGAACUGCCUAUUAAAUACCUUUUGCAUCAAGCACAAAAAGAUCAAAUGAGUUAUGGUGGUCUAUUCAGUCCCCUUCUGCGUUUACUAGCAACACACUUUCCCCAACUAUCACUCGUUGAUGAUUGGAUGGACGAUCAAGUAUUUGGUGAUUCCUGUCGCCAUCAAGUCGAUGUCAAUUUAUCUGAAACAUCUAUUAACGAAGCGUUUCAAAGUGUCGAUGAGAACCCAUACAAAACCGCCAAAAUACUAAAAGCUAUGCUUAGCAAAAAUCCCACAGAUAUAUGGCCAUACGCCGAAAUAUUUGUGCGGUACUUUAAAAGCGUACUGGGAGACCAAGUUCCGCGUCACAUACAAGAGUUGUAUCGUGAAGUUUGGUUACGCCUUAACACAGUUCUGCCACGAUGCCUUUGGAUAAUGACCAUAAAUGCUUUGCUAGACAUAAAUAGCGGUGCUAGAAACGUGACGAUAACCCAAGAAAAUGUGUUGGUCGAUCCAUUACAAGUUCUAAGGUGUGAUAUAAGGGUGUUCAGAUGUGGGCCCAUUUUGAAGAUAAUUUUACGCAUUUUGGAAGCAAGUUUAGCUGCAUCUCGAAGUCAACUGAGCCGACAUUUGCUCGAUAAACCGCUUUUGGAGAAAAGUGGCCAAUUGACAUCCGACACUGAAAGGGAAGAAUUGAAAAAUGCUUUAGUUGCUGCGCAAGAAAGUGCAGCACUUCAAAUUUUAUUAGAAGCAUGUCUCGAAACAUCAGAUGACAAAACUAAACCUGAACUGAUGUGGUCCUUACGAGAAGUCAGAAGUAUAAUAUGCUCUUUUCUACAUCAAAUAUUUAUAUCAGAACCAUCACUAGCUAAAUUGGUUCAUUUUCAAGGAUAUCCACGGGAAUUACUCCCAGUAACUGUGCAGGGUAUUCCUUCAAUGCACAUAUGUCUGGAUUUUAUUCCUGAACUUUUAAGUCAAGCUUCACUUGAAAAACAGAUUUUCGCAGUGGAUUUAGUGUCACAUUUAUCAAUCCAAUAUGCACUACCGAAGGCAAUGUCUAUAGCGCGGUUAUGUGUGAAUACACUCUCAACUUUGCUAUCUGUGCUACCGAGUGAUUUGCGUUUGGAAUUAUUCCAACCUGUUUUAAAAUCUCUUGUACGAAUAUGUAUCGCCUUUCCUUCAUUACUUGAGGAUAUUACUUCUUUAUUAUUGCAACUAGGAAGAAUAUGCGAAUCGCAAGCAUCUCUUGGACACUGUUGGAAUGAUACGCAUAUCCUUGGUGAAGGAGCUUAUGUCUAUGCCAAUUCACAAAACCAGUCUAAAGUAUUAGUUGCAGAAGUUUUAUGUAGAGAUAUCAAAGUAACCAUGUCUGAAAUUACACAAAAUGCUUUAUUGAAUGACAAAUUGUAUUAAGAAUAAAAUAUUUCCAUGA